AUGCCUUACGGAGACAAUGACUGGUUGGCCCUCACCGCCGAGCCCGCCCUUGAGCCGGGCCUGCCCAUCUGCGACGCUCACCACCACUUCUGGGACUUCCGCAUGGACCGGGUCCCCUACCACCGCUAUCUGCUGGAUGAAUUGGCCGCAGAUGUGAACAGCGGACAUAACGUGCGCUCCACUGUGUUCCUGGAAGCCCGAUCCAUGUACCGGCCGGACGGACCGGAAGAGCUGCGGCCGGUAGGCGAGGUCGAGUUCGUCCAGGGCAUCGCCGCCGCCAGCGCCACCGGCCUGUAUGGGCCAACCAGGGCCGCCGCCGCCAUCAUCGGCCACGCGGACCUCGCCCUCGGCGACGAUGUGGCCCACGUCCUCGACGCGCUCCAGGCGGCCAGCCCCAACCGAUUCCGCGGUAUCCGGUACAACGCGGGUUGGGACCCCAAUCCUGAGCUGGACAGCCGCUCCGUCGAGCACAAGUUGGCCGACCCGCAGUUGCGCGCCGGCGCCCGGGUUCUCGCCGACCGGGGCCUGGUCUACGAAAACGUCGUUUACUUCCCGCAACUCGCCGAACUGGCCGAAUUCGCGCGGGCCGUGCCCGACCUGACCAUCGUGUCCAACCACAUCGGCGGCCUGAUCCGCGUCGGCCCUUACGGCAACCGGGACGACGAGGUUAUGCCGGCCUGGAGGGACGGCGUGGCCGCGCUGGCCCAGUGUCCCAACGUGGUGAUGAAGCUCGGCGGCGUGGGCCAACCACGGUACGGGUUCGACUGGCACACGCGGACCACGCCCAUAGGCUCGGAACAACUGGCACAGGAGAUGGGACCCCUGAUCACCUACUGCAUUGACCAGUUCGGGCCCGACCGCUGCCUGUUCGAAAGCAACUUCCCGCCGGACAAGGUCUCCUUCUCGUACAACGUCAUGUACAACGCCUUCAAGCGCAUGACGUCGGGUUAUUCAGCCAGCGAGCGCGCCAGCAUGUUCCACGACAACUCGGCCCGGAUCUACCGGAUCGAGUACUGA